AUGGUUGCGAUUUGGUCUUCUUACAAGGUUAUUGAAAACCGCCAAAAAGAAUAUAAUGAAAACGAGGCAAUGAUAAUGGAGGAAGAAGCAGACGAUGCCGACGAAUCAAAUGUUUAUAUGAAGAAAAAAAGACGCACAUUUUUAGACACGUUACUUUACAACUGGCAUCGAGGUAAACUGACAACAGAAGAAAUACAGGAAGAAGUUGAUACAUUCAUGUUUGAGGGACAUGAUACAACAUCAGUUGGUAUGAUGUGGGCGCUUUACAUGAUUGUUUCUCAUCCUGAAGUUUACAAAAAAGUUAACAAGGAAAUCGAUGAUGUUUUUGCUUUUGAAGCAGAUGAAACAGAAUCAAAAUCUCACGUGUAUUUAUAUUCCAAAUAUACUAAUAACUUAUUUUUCUUUUCUUUUUUCUUCUGCUUGUUUCAUUCACUAACUUUUAAGGCAGUCCGUUUUCCCAGUGUAUAUUUUUUUUCAAAUGCAGUACGGCGUCUCAUUUUAACACCUGUGAUAGACCUUACCGAUCAUCCUCUUUUGACUCAUUUCCAGUUUAAAAAACCUUUUGAAACAUUUUAG